AUGUCAAUGCAACAAGUUCAACAUUGUGUUGCGGAAAUUCUUCGACUAGAUCCUGUAGAAAAACCGGACUGGUCUAGUGGAUAUUUAAAGAAAUUGACCAAUGCAACAUCGAUUUUAUAUAACACUUCACUGAAUAAGGUGAUGCUGAAACAGGAUGAGGAGGUGGCCAGAUGCCAUAUAUGUGCGUACAUAGCAUCACAGAAGAUGAACGAAAAACAUAUGCCAGAUCUUUGUUAUUACUUAGACAGUAUUCCUUUAGAACCGAAAAAGGCCAAGCAUUUAAUGAACCUUUUCAGACAAAGUUUAUCUAAUUCUUCACCUAUGAAGCAAUUUGCUUGGACUCCGAGCCCCAAAAAGAGUAAGCGUAGUCCAGUGAAGAACGGUGACAGAUUUACCUCAUCUAACCCUAACGAUUUGAGAAGACAAUUGUUUGGUACACCAACUAAAAUUGGGCACAGUGAAAAAAAUGAUUCGUUGAUAAUACCAGUGCUGCCGCCUAUGCAAACAAACGAUGCACCACCUGUUACAAGAAGAAAAUUAGCAUUUGAGGAGGAAGAGACUCACGACGAAGAAUUAGGAAGUAAAUGUGUGUCAUUGAAAAAUCAUAGUACUAAGGGCAUUUCUGGAAACGGUGAAACAGAUAUUGAUGAAUAUGAAAAUCAUGAAAGUGAGUCUGGAAGUGAAGAAGAGACAUCAGAUGUACAAGAAAGAAAGGGCAGGAAAAGCAUACAGAACAAGAGAGUCAAAAAACCGAAAUCAGAAUUGAAGACAGCAAAAACUCUGAGGAAAAGAGGUAGAAUACCAAAUUCCUUGUUAGUAAAAAAAUAUUGUAAGAUGACCACUGAAGAGAUAAUUAGACUUUGCAACGAUUUCGAACUCCCAAGAGAAGUGGCAUAUAAAAUCGUGGAUGAGUAUAAUAUAAACGCAACAAGAUUGGUUUGCCCAUGGCAAUUAGUGUGUGGGUUGGUAUUAAACUGCACAUUUAUUGUAUUCAAUGAAAGAAGGCGUAAGGAUCCACGUAUCGAUCAUUUUAUUAUUAGUAAAAUGUGCAGUUUGAUGCUGACGUCAAAAGUUGAUGAGGUCAUUGAAUGUGUCAAACUAGUGAAAGAAUUAAUCGUCGGUGAGAAAUGGUUUAGAGAUUUGCAGAUAAGGUAUGACGAUUUCGAUGGCAUCAAGUAUAACGAAAUCAUUUUUAGGAAAUUAGGGUCAAUGCUCCAAACCACAAAUAUUUUAGUUACAGACGAUCAGUACAAUAUUUGGAAGAGAAGAAUUGAGUUAGAUUUGGCUUUAGCAGAAUCCUUAUGA